UUCCCAGCGAUCCCAUCCCCAGGAACACCCCGAGCCCCGGUCCCGGGGCGCCGCUGCCGCCGGGAUUUGGGAUCCAUGGAGCGCGGGGUUAUCCCGGGUGAGCCGCUCCCGCUCCAGCCUCCCUCGGCAGAUCCAGUUUUUCCGUAUCCCAGGAAAAACCAGUUCCACCCCCGGCCUGCCCCGGCCUGUCCCGAACCUUCCCUUCUCCCUAUAAAUCCCGGCCGGGCCUUUUGGGGGGAAAAUCCCAUUUUCGGGGCUCAGCGGCCGGAUCCCGGCUCAGGCAGGGGCUGGUCCCAUCGCAUUCCAUGGAAAUCCCGGACAAUCCCUGAGCGGCCCCCGCUCCCUCGGCCGGCCCUGAAGUGAUGCUGGAAGCGCUGGGGGCUCCGGGGCUCCUUCCGAACCGCCACCAAAAAUAGUGCAAAGGCCCCGCGCUGCCGCUUUCUUUAUGCUGCACCUUUCGCCCUAAAAUCAGCCAUGCCCCGCAGGAAGGCGGCGGGCCCGCCGUGGGACGCGGGCCCGGGCGCUGCGGGCGGCGGGAGGCGGCGGCCGGGCCCGGCGGGCGGCGGGAGGCGGCGGCCCCGGCCCGGCGGCGGCAGCAGCGGCGGCAGCAGCGAGGAGGAGGCGCCCCGGGAGCGGCGGCCGCGGGACGGCAGCCCCGGGGCCCGCAGGCCCGGCAGGCCCGGCGGGGCGGCGGCGGCGGCGGCGGCGGCGGCGGCGGCGGCGGGGCCCGGAGGCCCUGGGGCCCGCGGACAGAGCGUGGUGAUCUGCGAGCCCGAGCACAGCAAGGAGCGCAUCAAGCUCGAGGGCUCCAAGAGCCGGGGCCAGCUCCUCAUUUUCGGGGCCACCAACUGGGACCUGAUCGGCCGCAAGGAAGUGCCUAAACAGCAGGCCGCCUACCGGAACCUGGGCCAGAACCUGUGGGGGCCGCACCGCUACGGGGGCCUGGCGGGGCUGCGCGUGCGCUCCGUGGUGUCGGGGCCCUGCGCCGCGCACAGCCUGCUGAUCAGCGCCGAGGGACGCCUCUGGAGCUGGGGGCGCAACGAGAAGGGGCAGCUGGGCCACGGGGACACGAAGCGCGUGGAGGCUCCCAAGCUCAUCGAGGUGCUGGCCAGCGAGGCCAUCGUGGCCGCAGCGUGCGGCCGCAACCACACCCUGGCGCUGACCGGUACGGCCCGGCCGGAACGCGGCCCCAAACCUGCCCCGCGGGGUCACCGUGGGGGAGAACGGCCCCAAAACGGGGGAGAACGGCCCCAAAACGGGGGAGAAGGGCCCCAAAUCUGCCCCUUCUGGGUCACAAUGGGGGAGAACGGCCCCAAAAUGUGGGGGAGAACGGCCCCAAAAUGUGGAAAAAACGGCCCCAAAUCUGGGAAAACAGCCCCAAAUCUGGGAAAACGGCCCCAAAUGCGCCCCUUUGGGUCAGAAUGUGGGAAAACGGCCCCCAAAUCUGGGAAAACGGCCCCAAAAUGUGGGGAAACGGCCCCAAAUGUGCCCCUUCUGGGUCAGAAAGUGGGAGAACGGCCCCAAAAUCUGGGAAAAUGGCCCCAAAAUCUGGGAGAA